AUGGGUUCGAGGUUCGCUCUCGACGAGGAGACACGGGCCCUGGAGGCCGGAUUGAUGGAGGAAUCCAAGCGGAUGUUGCUGGCCAAUUUGGAAAACGUCUGCGUCGAAAACAUUCAGGCGUGUAUCCUCAUCGCGAAUCUGUGCGCAGCUCACCUGAACCCUUCUUCAGAAGCUUUGUUCUUCCGGACCGGUAUCAGUCUCUCUCACAUCAUGCAGCUUGGCACCUCGACUGUAGGGACACGGCUGGUUGAUCUCGAGAUUCACAGGAGAAUAUGGUGGUCACUCUUCAUGGCAGAUCGAUGGUCGUCUUCAAGCCUCCGCUUGUUGCCACAGAUUCGAGAUACAGAGCUCGCCGUUGAUCUGCCCAUGGAUGAAGCCAUAUUUCAGUCUCUAGACCCUACAUCAACACAACUAGAGAAGCCAUGGCAGCCAGGAAUAUGGGCUUUCAAGAUCUCUCUGGUACAGCUAUUUGGCCCAAUACAGCAACUCAAUCGUCAUAGUGUCAACAGAAGCAUGACUGCAGAGGAUAUCGAGAGCAGCAUUCACUCUUUGUCUCAGCAGCUAGAAACUUGGGAAAAGUCCCUGCCCAACAACAUCAAAUGGAAAGAGGAAAUGCUAGACUGGCAUAUCAACAGAGGAACUGGAGGGCCAUAUGUCGCCCUUCAUCUUGGGUAUCAUCACUAUUCCGUCCUGCUCUACUUCAGGUUCCUCAGCUCUCAAGAGCCAAGAUCCUCCGCGGCUAGCAUGUAUCAUAGUAGAUGCAAGUCCCACGCCUCGGCUUACAGCAAUCUUGUCAAGCUCGCCCGUGGUAAGCAGGGAUGUGAAGUCGUCUAUCCUACUGUCGGGCACAUGGCGGUAGUAUCGUCAUCGGUGCUCCUCCAUACGCUCUUGUUCGGCGAGGAAGCAGAUCUAAAGAGCGCGCGAGAUGCCUUGAAUGCGAACUUUGCAGCCAUUGUCGAAUUGCGACAGUACUGGCCAAACACGGCGCCAAUGAUCGAACGCCUUGCUACUUUUCAAAACUUCUGCCUGCUGUCUGGUGACUCCAGAACGCAUGAUUUUGAUGACUGGAUGGUGCGCUUUCUGACAGAAUACUCACUGCCUCUGGAGGAAAAGGACAUUCAACAUUCCCUGAUUAGCCCGGAUGCAGUUACCCUCAUUACAGAAGUUGGCGCCAAGCUCACACGCGCACUCAUCCCGCAUCCCCAGAAGGGUGACAGUCCCAUUCUCCUGGACGCCGGGAAAACGGCCGAAUGA